AUGGCACGGCUCCCGGGGCCAGGGCCAGGGCCGGGGGGACCUCCGUGGCCUCGGCACACGGAGGCGUUCAAGCACGUGAUCUCGCUGGGCUGCCGCUGCUCACAGUCCUCCGUGUACAAGGCCAUGGGGGCACGCCGCUAUGCAUGUCCUUUCGACUGGAUCUUCAGUUCUGCGGCAAUGGUGUCUCAUUGCUUGCGGGAUGACUUCCGAGACUUUCUUGACAAACGCCAGUACCACCUCAACGGCACUUCCUUCGAUGCUAUCGGCCUCAAGCCGGGAUCAGCUCCCCGAGAACGGAAGCUGAUCGGCCACAAAACUUAUUCUGAAAUGACAGCCGGAGUAGGGCGCGGGACUAUCUUCAACCAUCGCGAUCCACUGCAUGAUGACUCUGACUACCUUUACAUCCAGCGCUGCGUUCAGCGCUUCCGAUGCCUGCUUGGAUCCGCUGACCGCAAACUCUUCGUUGUGCUGAACUUGAACCGGCAGCUUUGGAUCGAGGCGGAUUUCAUGGAGCUCUUCCGCGAGUUGUCGCAAAAGACCUGCAACUUUCUUCUCCUGGUCUUGGACUGUAGCGGCAAGAACAUCGGCCCGACUGCGGCAGGGAUGCCUCUGGAGGACUGCGAGCCCUCCUUAGAGUUAUGCCGGCAAAGCCACCCUGGGCAAUGUGAUUUGCUAAUAUGCAGGCUUCCUUGCGUGGGGGAAAACACUGGCUCCUACUUCCGGGAUGACAUCGACGCGCAGCGCGUCCGCGCGGUCCUGCUGGACCCCUUCCGCUUUGACCUAGCGCCGGAUCCCUUGCAGGAGGCUGAGGCCGGGCUGAGGCCGAGGAUCCCGGCGCCCUCCGCCGGACCCGAACACAGUGGAGAGGCGGGUGGAUAUGCAGCGGCGGGGAGUGUGCGCAGGUGGAGUGGUGAGGGGCAAGAUGCAGAGAUCCAGGUCGCCCUCGGCGAGGAGGCCGAGGAGAAGCCAAGACGACGCUGGGGCCGGGCCUCGUAG